UUUAUUUUUAAUUUUUUUGCUCUCUCCCUGGCUCGGACGAACGACGACGACUUUGGUCUCUGCGCCUGCUGGAAAACGCCGAGGAAUUGCACGAAUCCGUGAAGCUAUUUGAUAUCUGAGUAAAUUCGAUUUCUAGCGUGGAACUGCAUGGAUCUGGAAACUGAGAAUCGAAUAGCUUCGGUUCUUUUAAGAGAAGCAGCAGAAUUGAGGAGACAAGCUGAGAAAGAUGGAGUCCGAGCCUAUCUUGAGAAGCCUAAUGUAAGGCAUCGCCCUAACUCUAGAUUUCUCACGGCUACUGUUCUUGGUGUUCAGCAAGCAAACAAAGCUUUAGAAACCAAUGAGAUGUGGAGUCUUCGGAGUAAAGAGAUACAGUGUGAUGAGAGGCUCAAAAGUAAAUCAAGAGAAGAGAGCAGCAGUAAAUCAAGAGAAGAGAGCAGCAGUGGUCAAAGUGAGCACAGCAACAGGAAAGGUUUUGUUAAGAGAUGCACUUCACUUGAUGAAAAUGUUACUACUCGUUUAUCAUCACCAUCAUCAAGCCAGAACAGAAACAAAAGAUGGCAGUCAGAAGAUGAUGAUGAUGAAGGCUUACGAGAUGUCGACGUUAAGACUUUUCUCCAGUCAAGGGUCAAGCGUGGCAGAGGCUCUGUUGGUCCUAGGAUGGAUGAAACAUUCCCGUGUCUGCCUGUGACGGAAUUGUCAAGAACUUCUGAUACAGGAGACCGGAAGCUAGGGCGUCAGCCAGAGCGAUCGCCUUUGUUGAGACGCCGGACAGAUUCUUCUUAUUCUUCUUCUUCUUCUUCCGAGGAGGAGGUUCGUGAACGUGCUCACAGAAAAAGAAAGGAGCAUAAAAAGAAACUUAGUAAGAAACACAAGUCAAAGGAGAAGCAAAGGAAGAGGAAGAAGAGAAAAUAUGGUAGCGACUAAGUCUUCUAUUCCGGUAUUUUACCUUUACACCGGCAUGUUGUAUUUACUAAUAUGAUCAUAUUUUUAUUAAUUCUAGUAUUACCGAUUAUUACGUCUUGAAACCAUAUAAAAGUUCACAUCCAUGCCCUAUUAUGAUA